UCUCUCCUAUCUCGAUAUCAGAGUUAUGGUUAUCCAAACACUCGUAAAAAUAUUCCGAUCGAGCUCAAAGAUAUCUCUCUUUAAACAUCGAGAACUGCCUCUCUCCUAUCUCGAUAUCAGACAUGUCGUAUCUCCUAAGAACUCUGUCAUGCUUUUUCUCGAAAAUUUUAAUUCUCUCAAAAGAGGCAUUCACUAAUUCUCUCAUACCGUAAUAAUCCCCACCGAUAUCAACUUUAAUUUUAAUUAUUUUUAGCAGAUAAAUGAGAUUGAACAGGAAUUAUUUAAUUUCUUCUUUUUCCCCUUCAAUAGCUUUUAAUUUUUUAAUUCCAUUAAUUCUGCUCUUAAUUAUAUUUAAUGAUACAAAUUCAUCAGUAUUUCCAAACAGACUGCAAGCAGAUAAUGUAUUAUUAAAAGCACAAAUGAGAUUUAAAAGAGGUGCUUUUUUUUUUGAUAAAAUCAGAUUUAAUGUAUAA